AUGAGUGACACCCAAGACCCUGCCGCUGUCCCUGCCAUUGCCACCCAGGUGAAGCUGGGGGGCUGGAGCCGUCAAGGCGUGGGCAGUGGGUCUCUCCGUUCCCGCCAGCACCAGGAGCUCCAGGCCUUCCUCAGCCUUCUGGAGCACAGUUUCCUCCAGGAAUUCCUCUCCAAAGAUCCCUGUUUCCAGAUUUCGGAUAAGUACCUCCUGGCCAUGGUGCUGGUCUACUUCCAGCGCGCCAACCUGAAGCUCAGCGAGUAUACCCGCAGCAACCUGUUCUUGGCGCUGUACCUUGCAAAUGACAUGGAGGAGGACCUGGAGGACUCCAAAUGUGUGAUUUUCCCGUGGGCCCUGGGCAAAGAUUGGCGGCGGCGUGUGUCAGGCUUCCUGCAUCAGAGGGACAAGCUGUGGGCACGGAUGGGCUUCCGGGCCGUCGUGAGCCGCCAGUGCUGUGAGGAGGUCAUGGCCAAGGAGCCGUCCCACUGGGCCUGGACUCGGGAGCGGCGACCCCACCACGGCAGGGCUCAGAGGAGCCGUCCAAAGGCCCGGGUUCCUCUCCCCCGAGGCCCUGGCCUCUCACCACCCCACUGUUCCCUCUGUGGCUUGCCCCCUCGCCGCAGCCACUGCUGCCACCACCCCCGCCCCUUGCCCAUCUUAUCCAAGUGCCCUUCCCCGGACCCUGAGUGGCCUCACCCUCCCUCCCAAGCCUGUCUCUCGGUGCCUGAAGACCCCUGGGGUGGGAGCUUGCUCAUCGUCCUGCCCCCCGAGCUGCAACUGGAGCCAGGCACCUACACCCUCCAGAGUGAGUUGGGGACAGGAGCUGGGGGUGGGCUUGGGAUCCCAGGAGGCAGGUGUGGGGCCCAACAGAAUGGGAACGAGGGGCGUGGGCUUUUGGGUCCAGCUGGCCUGGGCACCGCCCCAGCUCUGCCACCUCCUAGCUGUGUGAGCUUGACAAGUUUCCUCUCUGCACCUCUCUCUCUCCUUCUCCCCCAGUUCUCCCAAAGCUUCCACAGUGCCCUGGGCGCUGGCACUGGCUCGCAGGGUGAAGAGCAGCCUGCUGGCUUGCCCACUGGCCCAUGGCGCUACUGGCUGUGGCCCCCCUGGCCUCCUGUCCUACGGGCCUCAGGCUGGCAGUGCUGCCCAUGUCCUCUGCCCCCUACUCCCAACCUGUAACUUGUCCC